UUCUCACUCGAUUAAUUGAUUCUGAAUUCUCAUGAUAUUCGAUCAGCUGAGAUUAUCCCUCCCUUCCAUUGCAAUGCAGUGGUAUGCUGAACAUCGAGAAUUCUUGUCUAAACCACUUUACAUUGCUGGAGAUUCAUAUUCAGGACUAAUCACACCACCGCUGACCUUUCAAAUUGCUAAGGGUACAGAAAUGGGCGACCAACCAGCUCUUAAUCUCAAGGGUUACAUGAUAGGCAACCCAUUGACAGAUAGGAAGUUCGAUGUGACAUCUAAAGUUCCAUAUGCCCAUGGGAUGGGCCUCAUACCCGAUGAACAAUAUGAGAUCUACAAGGAAAGCUGCAGUUUGGACACCGGUAUCAUGAACCGAAGCGUGCAAUGCGCAGAUUGUCAUGAUGCAAUAGAUAAAUGUUUGAAGGACAUAAACGUACAUCACAUCCUUGAACCCAAAUGUUCUUCUGCUGCAUAUAAUGGACAUUCAGACAGCAGUAGUAGCAGCAGGAUGAUGAUGCUUGAGCUUGAUAACAGCAGUACUGCAGAGCUUAACGACUUGUCUCAGACUUCUAAAGACUGUAGAGAUGAAGGAUAUGUUAUGUCAAGCAUAUGGGCAAACAAGGAAGAGGUAAGAGAGGCUCUGGGUGUCCACAAGGGAAGUGUUCCUCUGUGGUUGAGGUGCAACCAUGGCAUUCCAUACACCACCGAUAUCCUGAGCAGCGUGGAGUACCACCGGAGCCUUCUUACCAGCGGCGGAGGCUACCGGAGUCUGGUUUACAGCGGCGAUCACGACAUGGUUGUGCCUUUCGUUGGCACGCAGGCGUGGAUCCGGUCUCUCGGCUUCGCCAUCGUGGACCAGUGGAGGCCUUGGUAUGCCGAUAUCCAAGUCGCAGGGUUUACGAGGAUGUAUUCAAAUAAUCUCACCUUUGCAACAGUCAAGGUAUGGCGAGUGGUGUCCCUUCAUUCUAUUGUUUGUUUGACAUGCUUAACGAACAUUCAAUGUAUUUGUUUUGUUUGUUUGGUCAGGGUGGUGGUCACACUGCUCCAGAGUAUAAGCCCAAGGAGUGCUUGGCCAUGGUCGUCAGGUGGCUCUCUGGCCGUCCUCUCUGAUGAAAGCAUUCUAUCUUUUUUUGCUCCUUCCUCCUCUUUUUAUGUUUUUUUUCUUUCGAAAAGGAGGACAUGCAUCCGGCAGCUGCAUCGGCUGAUGCACACAGCCAUCUCCUGUUAUAUAUAUGCAUCAAUAGUGCGAUGUGAUCUAUUGUAAUUAAACCACCCGUUGAUCCAUGAUUUGUCUCAUUCUGCUGUUAAAUUACAUUCCGGUCAAAGGCCAGGCACUAUUCUUUUUUUAAA